CCUGCUCUUGGCUAAAGUCGUGUCGGGUAUUUUGGAGAAAAAAACAAACAUCGGCUGUACAUCAAUCAACAGAUAAUAACGACGGUCAGGGCUAGAACAUCUAAUUCAAGGAGUUGUAUACAAAAAUACUCUGAGCUUUUGCAUCGACAUGCUGGCUGGUAUUAUCAUCGCACAGUAUAUCAACCGAAAACAAUGCCCAUCUCUCCUGACGCGACAAUAAACUGGCUGGGUAUUCUUACCGAAGAAAAUCGUUUUGGCGGUUUUCUAUUCAAACUUUUACGCUGCUGUGCUUAUGCAUUGUGGAUAAAACUUUCUUACAUGCAGGUCGGCGAAUGCAACGCACAAGUAUGUAAGAAAAAACACUGCAAUGCCGCAGCCCAAGCAGCUGCGGUCUUUUUUUUCGUAUAUGUGUGCGCGCGUUCUGCAGGAAAAUAUUCGUAAAUUCAGCUGCAUUUUUGCAUGCACAUGCUUGCCUUCCCAAUACAGCGAAACCGAUUGAGAUACGUUCCUUUUGCAUAUU